UCGAAGCCUGAAGGUUCCGUCUACUCCGCAUUGCUACUGCCGCGUUUGCAUCAUGAACAGAAAUCCCUGGGCCCUCCUUUGGAUGGUCUCCCACCUGGGCGUCUGCUGGCUGCCCCGAACCCAAGAGGCAUUUCUGGAUUCCUUGGAUGUCCAAGAUGUUUCCUUUUAUUCUGGUACCAGCUCAGCCUCUGAAGUGCCCGAGUCGGAGGCGGUGCGCCUCGCUUGCUCCUGUGAAGAGGGCCCAGCUAGACCCACAACCUGCCGUGUCCAGCACUGCUCCUUCACCGCCUGGGGAGAGCUUUAUGCCUUUGUAUUCCCAGAGGAUCGGGCCCUCCUGACCCCUUCCUUGGUGAGCGACCGGAGGCUGAAUGCUUCUGCUGGUUUGCUGCGGCGUUUCUGGGGCAACUGCUUUGCUGGCGGGGAGCCCCGGAGCCCCCCGGGGGCAGAAGGCCGAGUGACGUACUGCGAAGGGCAGCUGCAAGGCGUUGUGUUUGUCCGCGGUGAGAAGAUUCACAUUCGGCCGGAGAAAAUCCCACACCAGGAUUUGCUGCAGAAUCCACUUCUUCCGGGGCCUCACGUCGUGUUCAGGGUUCGACAGAACGACGUGGCAGCACAGCCAGGAAAAAAGUUUCCGUCCCGAGUCCGGAAAGCCGCUGACAGUAGCGUGAAACACCUGGAGCUGUUGCUGGUGGUGGGCCCAGACGUCUACCAGUUCCACCGUGAAGACACCGAGAGGUACAUCCUCACCAACCUGAACAUGGGUGCAGAGCUGCUUCGCGAUGCCUCUCUUGGAGCUCAGUUCAGGAUGCAUCUGAUCAGAAUGAUCAUCCUCACAGACCCGGAGGAAGGCAUUGAUAUCGGCGCCAACAUCACGUCCUCGAUCAUCAGCGUGUGUGAAUGGGCCCGGAAGGUCAACCCUGAAAACGACUCGGAUCCUCGCCACGCAGACCUUGUUUUGUAUGUGACCAGGUUUGACCUGGAGUUACCCGAUGGGAACAAACAGGUGCGUGGCGUGACCCAGCUGGGUGGAGCCUGUUCCACCUCUUGGAGCUGCAUCAUGACCGAGGACACGGGGUUUGGCCUGGGUGUCACCAUUGCCCAUGAGAUCGGGCACAGCUUGGGCAUCCAGCAUGACGGAGAGGGGAACCCGUGCUCUGGGAGUGGGCACGUGAUGGGCUCUGAAGAGGGUCAGAACAGCGUGGAUCUGACGUGGUCCGUGUGUAGCAGGAAGCAGCUGGCGGCCUUGGUCAGUACAGGCCAAGCAAGCUGCAUGGAUGACCUGCCGGACCUGAAGGAGGACAUGCCAGGCGGGAAGCCCGGCCUCUAUUACGGGGCAGAUGAUCAGUGCAAAAUAGCCUUUGGACGAGGGGCCGUGACCUGCACCUUCACCAGGCACGACAUUGACAUGUGCGAAGUUCUCUCUUGCCACGCGGAUCCUGGCGACCAGACGAGGUGUACGCGGCUCUUUGUGCCUCUCCUGGAUGGUACUGAAUGCGGCAUCAACCAGUGGUGCUUCAAGGGUCGCUGCAGCUCCCUGGAAGACCUGAGCCCCAUUGCGGUGGUCCACGGCCAGUGGUCCAGCUGGUCGGCCUUCAGCACUUGCUCCCGCAGCUGCGGAGGAGGCGUUGUGGCCAGACGCCGGCGGUGUAACAACCCCAGGCCUGCUUUUGGUGGGCAGCCGUGCCAGGGAGAAGAGCUGCAAGCGAAGAUGUGUAAUACGCAGCCCUGCCCGACGACCCAGAUGGCCUUCAUGAACGAACAGUGCGGAGCUACAGACUCAAACCCUCUUUAUCUGGGUUCUCUCUCCUUCUAUAACUGGAUUUCAGCUGCAACCUACGCCACAGGAGACACCCUCUGCCAACACAUGUGCAGGGCAGAGGGGAAGAAUUUCAUGGUGAGCCGAGGGGACCGAUUCGUAGACGGGACGAGGUGUGAACGGAGCGGCCGGCCAGGCGAGGAAGCACUCGGCCUCUGCGUCCUGGGCAGCUGCAGGGCAUUUGGAUGUGAUGGCAAGAUGGAUUCUGGGAAGAAAAUGGACGCCUGCGGAGUGUGUGGUGGCGAAAACAGGACGUGUUUCAGCGUCAAGGGCUCUUACACAGAAGGGAAACCCAGAGAGUACGUUACCUUUCUGGUGCUGCCUCAUAACACCUCCGCAGUCCAUGUGGUCAACUUGAAACCACUCUAUACCCACAUGGCUGUGAAGGUCCAAGGGCAAUAUGUGGUGGCUGGGACCGGCCGCAUUUCCCUCAACGUCACCUACCCCUCUCUCCUGGAGGACAACCGGCUAGAAUACAAGGUGUUUCUCACCGAGGAAAGGCUGCCUAGCUUGGAGGAGAUGCGUCUGGACGGACCAGCCCAGGAGGAGCUGGAGAUCCAGGUUUAUAGGAAAUAUGGGAAGGAAUAUGGGGCCAUCACCAGCCCGUACAUCACCUAUAGCUAUUUCAGACCCAAUGAGGAACACGCACAUAGUUGGGUCUCCAGGCCCACCUCCUGCUCGGGGACCUGUGGAGAAGGGACUCUGCAAGUCAAUCACUUCUGCUUUGACCAAGUCAGAGGAAAAAUUACCGACGACCUGCAUUGCCUGAAGACCCCCCGGCCCCCUUCCAGGCAGGAACCUUGUGCUUUGCCACCCUGCACACCUCACUGGCUAGCGGAGGACUUUGGGCCCUGCAGCGCCACCUGUGGCGGCGGAAUGAUGGAGCGGCUGGUCCGCUGUGUAAAGGACGAUAAAGGACCGAUGGUGAUGCUGCCCGAUUCAGAGUGCCUGGGUGAUUCCAGGCCCCCACCUGCCAAGCCCUGCAAUACCGAGAUGUGUCCUGCAAGAUGGAAAGAAUCUGAGCCGGGGAGGUGUUCUGCAGUUUGUGGCCUGGGGGUCGCCCCACAGAACCUGACCUGCAUCCAGGUCCACGAUGGAGUGGAAGCCCCCGUGGAGGAGAGCCUGUGCCCAGCCGAUGAGAAGCCUCCUGCCUUAGUGCCGUGUGUGGUGGCCGUCUGCCCUUUGGGCUGGAACUCUGAAGAUUCAAAAGAGUCCUCUCUGGGGUCCUUUGCCCCGUUGGGGCCCCAUCAGAAGGGAAAUCUGUCAGUCCAUGUCUGGAGUCCUCUGGCUGGAGAAUGCAGCGUCACCUGUGGAAGAGGCUUGAUGUUGCUGCGCUAUGUCUGUCUGGCUUUCGACACCAGGGAAGAGACUCGGGAGGAGAAUUGUAACCAGACGCUGAAGCCGAAGAGUCAGCUGGAAAUCUGUAAUCCCACUCCGUGCCCACCGAGCUGGGAAGUGAAGGAGCUCUCUCCGUGCCCUGUGACUUGUGGUGGCGGGAAGAUACCCCUCUCCGUCCGCUGUGUAAUUCGGGAUGGGAACGCCACCCGAAUUCUCCCGCACUCAAAAUGUGGCAGGACGGGCCGACCGGCCAGUAGCAAGGAGUGUGCAUCUGACCCGUGCCCGGCCAGGUGGUCCCACAAAAACGGCACCUGCAGCGUGAGCUGUGGCGGAGGCGUGAGGCGCAAGGUCCUGUACUGCGCCCGGGAGAAGGGCGAGAAGGAGGAGGAGAUCUUGUCUGACACACACUGCGAGGCUUUGUCUCGCCCCGAAGAACAGGAAGUGUGCAACCCAGAACCGUGCCCUCCCAGGUGGAAAGUGGCCGGAUCUGGCCCGUGCUCCUCCUCCUGUGGCCUCGGGGUGGCUCUGCAGACCGUGGCUUGCGUGCAGUUCUCCGGAGGCCGAGAGAUCGAGUUGCCAAAUGGUUCCUGCCCUGAAGCCAAGAGGCCCCCGGCCAGCGUUCCCUGCAUCCUCACUGUGUGCCCUUACGAAUGGGGAUUCACUCGGUGGACAGAGUGCUCUGUGUCUUGUGGGAACGGCCUCCAGGUGCGGCAGGGUUUCUGCAUCGACCCCCGGGUGCAGGAGCGAGCGAACCCCUUCUUGUGCAGGCACUCCCCCAAGCCCGUGACGGUGAGAAGCUGUUCUCUGGACCCCUGCUUAGCACAGGCCGCGACGGGCGGCCGCCUCGGACCGGAUCGCCGUGCACCGAUGACAGCCCUUCCUGUGACUGUUGACCCCGGAGAGCCGCGCUACAGAAUCCGGGAUUUCCUGAAGAGUGGCGGCAUUGCCCCAUCUCUGAGCCAACUGGAGGCGAUGCGAUGGGAGGAAGACCCCGAGGAGCACAGCGUCUGCGGGAGGCUGUUCCUCAAUUCCACCGGGCUGAUCAACAUGUCUGGCCUGCCAGGCAAGGACUGCACCAUUGCCAUUGGCCGUCCCUUAGGGGAGGUGAUAACAGCCCAGGUGUUAGAGAGCAACUUGAACUGCAGUGCAGGUGAGGUGGUGCUGUUUUCCGGACGGAUGGUGUGGCGGACGGGUUGCCGGAAACUGACCCUUUCUACCAUCAGUGCCAGGACCAACACCCUGAUGGUGAGACAGCGCCUCCUGCUCCCCGGGAAUGGAAUUGUCCUUCGCUAUAGCAGCCAAGCAGCAGGGAAGAAUUAUCACCAAGACUGCGAUGUGCAGCUGUUUGGUCCCCGGGGAGAAAUCGCCAGUCCCGUGUCCUCGGGGGAGCAGGCACCCCAAGCAGCCUGCAGGACAUUCAUCGACGUGGCUCCCCGGCUCCGCAUUGCCAUCCAUGCCGUGUACGUGGACCUGAGGGCCGACACCAACCAAACACACUCCAACUACAUCUCGAUCCGAGAUGUCAACACCAUGAGGACCACACUCUUCCACGGAAACCAGCUCUUCUACUGGGAGUCCACGGGAAGCCGGGCCGAAAUUGAAUUUAACAAAGACUUUGACGACAUCCGAUUCCGGGCAGAGUAUUGGGUCAUUAAACUGAAAUAAACACAAGCGUGGUCAAUUCACUGUCGCUGAUGGAGCAACCAAGACUCAGCUGCAAAGUUGGGCGGUGGGAGCAAGAACUCUACUCCAUUGAGAGAGUUGUACACUUCAAAUACUUGGGAGUCGUUUUUCCCCCUCUCGGUAGGGAAGCUCAUGGGGAACACGUGGCUUUAAAUGCCCGAAGAAUAUCCUCUGCCAUUCUCAAAUUCCUGCGGACAAGAGGAGGCCAUUAAGUAUCUGUGGCUCUUGAACUUCUGGUGGGCCACUGUGCAAAACAGGAUGCUGGACUAUGCACUUGCAGGCAAUGUGUUGUGUGCUUAUACAUGACAAGGGGGGAAAAAUCACUUUUCCAAGAAGAAUCCAGAUUUGAGUUUGAUAGUUAGAUUCCUGCCUUUGCAAAUAAAAUUUAAAAUAAGCGCUUA